AUGGAAAAUUAUAUAAUCGUAUUUUUUUUUUUGUUAAAAUGUUUUAUACCUAUUUUGAGUAAGACUAAAAAUAGUUUUUUCUACAAGUAUCUAAUUUGUUUGUUCUCCUUAAAAAAUAUUUUAUAUUCAACAAAAUGUGUAGUUUUGAAUAAGCAUACUAAUCUUUCUUAUAUUCUGAAUGUUCGCCCUGUUUUAAGACCAAAUUUUAUUUUAAAAAGUGUUGAAAAGCCGAGUAAUGACAACAUAACACAUUUAAAUAGAAAAAUUGAGAAAUGGGGGAAGAACAAAAACAUAGUUUUUAUUGAAAAUACAAGUAAUGAUGAUGAAAAUAAAGUAAAUUACUUAAACGGUGAAAUAAAGAAUAGCAAUGGAAUACAAGAAAUAAAAUAUUUAAGUAAUCUUCAAAAAAAUUUCAUGUAUUUAUUAGAGCGUGAUAAUAAUGUUAUAGUACAUUCUAAGACAUCUAGUGGAAAAACAACAAUUUGCUUAUUUUAUUUUGUAUUAAAACAUUAUUUCAAUAGUGAAAUUAUUUUUGAUGAAGACAUCCAAAGAGAAAAAUACUUAAACCAAUAUCAUUAUAAUGACAAUUAUAAAAAUAUAUUCGAUUUAAAUAAACAACAAAAUAAUAAAAGUAAACUUAAAUAUAUACCAUUCAGUGAAAAGUAUUCAGAAAUUUAUGAUAUCCAUGAAAAUAAAGAUUUAUUACUUGAAGAAAGUUCUAAAAAAAAUGUAUUAAAGAAGGGGGAUAAAAUACUCAUACUAUGUCCUUCAAAAGAGUUAUGUGUACAAACUUCACAAAAUAUAUUAUCCUUUACAAAUAAUAAGAAUAGCAAUAUAAUUAAGCUUUUUAUUGAUAAGUAUGAUGACUCAAAAAAAGUGAAAAAUUCCAAUGUAAGUAGUAAAAGUAAAGCGGAUCAUAAUACCGAUCAAGCAUAUGAAAAUAUUGAAGUGUGUACAAAUGACGGUAGCAAUUUAAAAAAAAAUAAAAGAAAACAAGAAGGAAUAUUGAGCAAUCAUAAUUUGAUGAACGAAAAUAUGAUGGUAGAUGAAAUGGAAAAUAUAAGAGAUGCUCUUUUUCUUAUUGGAACACCUUUGUGUUUUAAAAAUUAUAUAUUAAAUUUAGGAAAAAAUAAUUUAAAGAAUUUUUUAGAAAGCAUUAAAUAUGUCUUUUUUGAUGAAAUUGAUAGGUUGCUUCCUUCACAAAAGAAUAGAUCUUCAAACCAAAAAAAAUUUAAAAAGAUAAAAAAAAAAACAGCCUACAUGAUACUAGAAACUAUUAUGUAUAUGAAUCCAAAAAAAUUAAAUUUUAUUGGAUGUUCUAGUACCUUAAAUAGAGAAUUACACAGAAAAAUAUUUAAUCUAUUGAGUUUAAAUAAGAAUAAUCAAAAAAGAAAAAAUGUUUAUUUGUUAAGGGAAAAAAAUAAUACGCUAGAAGAGGAAAACAUUGCAGAAUUAAACACAACCAAAGAGGAAAUAACUGAUACAAUAUUAAAUGAUAUGAUGAACACAAAUAAUGAUAAUUAUUAUAUGGACAAAGAAAAGGAGGAUAUCGAAAAUGAUGAACAAAAUCAAUCAUUAAUUGGAAACAUAAAUUAUAGAACUGCAAUAGAAGAGGAAAGAGAUUCAAAUGAAGAUAACCAAGAUGAAGAAGACAUUUAUAAUAUGUUAGAAUUAAAUAAUUCAUCAAAUUUACAAAAGUAUGUAAUAAAAGUUCAACUUCCUAAAAAUAUACAUCAUUUUUAUCAUAUAAUAAAUGAUGAUUUGUUUAGUAAUAAAAUUAAGGAUGUUUAUGAAAUUGUAGAAAGUUUUAAAAUGAGGAAAAUAUUAAUUUUAAUAAAAAAUGGUUACUCAUUAAUGAAUAUGAAAAAAUAUUUAAUGGAAAAAAAUAUAUAUUCUCUUUUAUUACAUGAAAGGCUAGAAAUAUCGCAAAACGAAAAUAACCACUCUUUGAAAAAAAUGUGUGAAAAUUACGAAGAAAUAAAAAAUUUAAAAAAAAUCGAUAAUAAAAAUAAUAAUAGUGAACUAAAAUAUACAAAUAAAUUUCCUGUUAUUAUUAGCUCAUUUGAUAGUAUUCGGGGUUUUCACAUAAAUGACUUAGAUAUUGUUAUUUUAUGUAAUAAGCCAAAAAAUUUAAAUGAAUAUAUUCAUUUGUGUGGAAGAGUUGGAAGAAAAAAAAAAGUUGGAUAUUCAAUUAUAUUAGAAAAUGAUAAAAAUGUUAAUAUUAUUAAAAAUUGGCUAGUUAAUAUAAAAACUAAUUUUUAUAAGUUACACUUAAAAAAUGAUGUUACAAAUAAUAUAAAUGAUAAUGAUGGUAGUAUAAUCGAAAAAAAGAAAGACAAUAUAAAUUAUAUCACAUCAUGCAUACUAAAUGAGCUAAGGGAUGAUAGCCUAUGA